UCCACGAUGAGGCCUCUUCUGGUGCUGCUACUUCAAGCUGCCGUGUGUGCUGCUCUAGCCCAGGCCCUACACUGCCAUGUGUGCUGUGGCCAUGAGAACUGCGAGUCUCUAGUGGAGUGUGCCCCGACGGACAAGUACUGUGUGAUCACACGGGCGACCAACCCUGGAGGCAUGCUGGUCAUGAAGUCUUGUGCCCCAACCUGCCCCAACAGCACGGUGUCCUCAGAUGGCCGUGCCCUCUCCGUCUCGUGCUGCCAGAACACCCGGUGCAACAGUGCAGCUUCAGGCCUAACGUGCAGCUUUGGGGCCCUCUGGGCUAGCGCCUCUGCCAGCCUGUUGUGGGCACUGCUCCAAGUGAAGGCCAGGAUCUGA